CCACCAGCAGCAAAAUCCGAAAUUGAAAAAUUAAAGAGAGACAAAGCAGAUCAAACAAUGGUAGAUCAAAAAAUUGAUUGUGCAGUAUGUAAAGAUGAAUUUAAAUGGGGCGAUGAUUUUAUAGAAUUACCAUGCGAACACAAGUACCAUCCAGAUUGUAUUAUGCCUUGGCUUGAACAACAUAAUAGUUGUCCAGUUUGCAGAUUCGAACUAAAGACUGAUGAUACCUCCUAC